GGCGUUCGGAUCUUGGGCUUGUGUCAGGUUCAACAGCAUUGAUACAAGUUACUAGUGGUGAUUACAUGCACCAGCAGUGCCAGUUGAUUAGUGAUUCCAUCUUUCUUAUGAUAUAGAAAUGCAUCGUAGACAUGAAGGCCCUCGCCAGACAUCUUCGCUCAACCAGCAGAUGCCAUUCCUACCCCAUCCACAACAAAUCUCUGAGCGGCAUCUUGAGCAUCACACAACGGCUUCACGAGAUUGCUUUCCCUUCAUCGCGGCCAAUCGACUGGCUAGCCUGAUUAGCAUAGUGGCUAAUGCGUUGCACUUGUAUCAAAAAACAAUCUUGUUUGGUUUGACGACAUGCAAAGAUCACUGGUUCGAUUCCAGUAUCAGGCAGUCCAGUGCUUUUGCUUCGCUCCACCGGUGCUGUGACCUAUUGACAUAUACCAAGAUGACUUUUUUGCGUCCUGUCUCUGAACUGUCGUGUGGUUGUAUUUGCCACGCCUGUGGUGACUCUUCAGACAUAGUUGUAGUCGAAUCCACAAACUGCUUACAGUACUCGAGAGGCAUUAGCAUGCUGAUCAACAUGGCCCGUCCAAAAGAUCAGACCAAGAAAACAAGGCCCGUCUAUAGACUUGAAUUCUGUUACCUCCCUUACCCCUUGGCGGCCCCCGACGGAGACUCCCCAUCACCCUUCCACCGGAGAAUGUAUGUACAUACGCUCAGCGUGUGAGAUCCACCUCCUCGCGGUCCAGGAGGCACACACACCACGCAAGCAGCAAAGAACAUUGUCAAUACUCUUUCAACAAGAGCAAAGUGUAAACUCUUUUCAGGGUAGAACCAUAAGAUACUUGACUGCCGCCUUCGCUAAUAUGUAUUGGAAGUAACUUGCUCUACUUCGUACUCGAACACAACCAACAACCUUGGUCAACAACCCGG